CGUGCUUGGUGCAUAUAAACCCCUAUAAAGAGCUUAUAAGACGUAUAAUAUGGCCUUCAUGACUCCAUUAUAUUAUACUUUGAAAUGCUAGGGUUUUAUGCCCCCUCUAUCUGCCAAUAAUACCAGCUGACUUCCAAAAACGUUCAAUUUAGUCAAAUGUCAAACUCAACAGUGUCAACAAAGCAAAAAAAUAAAAAAAGCUGAAUUUUAAAGAAACUGUAGAUUAUAGUUUUUUUCCGGUUUUUACCGAUUUAUACGUCUAUUUUUGUGGAAAAAAGCUAUUUAGAAAUCUGCCAGUAUGUAUGAUGAUUAUUCCUAAAAUUCCUCCCACUUUCCAAUAUACACAAGUUCCUAAAACAUAACAUAGACAAGGGCAGGAAGCUGCUGUUACAUGAACUGUUUUAUAUUUUAAUAGGGAAAUCAUUUCUCUAUACAAUUUUGGUAUUUAAAAAUAUUUCAAUUAAUCAAAAAAAAUUUUUCAGUCAUGUUACCAUAUGUACUGUGGAGAAUCUGAUCAAGUGGGUGAAGAAUAUCAUAUUCAAUUAAAACCAGUACAUAUAGACUUAUUAAGUGCAACUUGACUAAGUCCCAUCCAUAUUUAGCAUUAAAGAUGCCAAUUCGCAGGCAUUGUGAUCCCAUUAAUGUUAAAAGAAUCUGGGAUGCCAUACGGUCUGUUAAUGUCACCAAACAGCAGUCGGAUAUCACCAGGAUUACUCAUUAUUUAAUGAAGAAUGAGAAGUGUACACAACAACAGGUUGAACUGUAUCUGAAGCAGUGUGUUAGCGAUAAACUUAUAAUGCAAAUAAAGAAGAAUGGUGCAGAUGGACCUAUCUUUGUUUACAAGAUUACUGAACAGGAAUUGCCUGAAUUUGAUGGAAAAGACUGGUAUUGCUUUGAAUGCCACUUGGCUGGUGAAGUCAAUGUCUGCGCAAAUAACUGCUUUAGGGUAUUUCACUCAGACUGCAUUCAGAGUGCUAAAAAGAAAUUCCAUAGCCAGAAGAGUAGUAGCUCCUUACGCUUCAACUCCACAUCCAAUUCAAACAUUGACCAAAGCUUGGAAGCCAGUGACAUUUUACUUAAUGAAUCGAGAAGUUCAUCGGGGCCCAACCAAUCACUUGUAGACUAUACGUUCGAUGAGACACUCUGUACCGUCUGUAAUAUCGUAAAUAUUGACGGGUGCGAUUUGGAACAGGCCGAAAUGAACUACUUGCUUAAGUUUGUGUUGCAUAGAAUUCGAGCUUGGUUACCCAAUACCAUAACGCACACCAUGGCAGAAGAAGAUAGACCGUCUUGGCUUACAGAUUCUGAGCUUACCUGGAGAGCGAACCAACUAUUUUUUGAACACCGCGACAUGUCAGUGAUUGAGGUUAAUUUAAAUACUGACACUUAUAAAAGACUGUCUGACUUUCUCGCUGAUAUUUUGACGGUGGAGCAUAACGUGGCAGUAUUUCAUGGAAUUGAUUCCCAAGAGUACCAAGCAGCUGAACUGAUGGUUAGGGACACGCAGCACGACUUGACCGAAUUGAAAAAUUGUACGGAUUGCUACAAACAUAGUAACGAGAAAAUUAACCCACUUUGGUUUGCCUUACCUUGCCGAAAACCUCAUGAUUUAGUGUGGGCAAAGCAGAAAGGUUAUCCUUACUGGCCUGCUAAGGUUAUAAAAGAGACCCCGUUUCACUGCGAUGUGAGAUUUUUCGGUGGGAAACACGAACGUGCACUGAUACACAAGUCUUUUGUUAAACCUAUAACAACUACCAAGGAGAGCCUAAAGAUCAAACCUUCCUUAGCCUUUACUAAAUCGUUAGAGGAACUGAUUUAUCAUCAGAAAUUACUCAGGGAUCCGCACGAGUUAAAUAAGUUUCUCUCAGAUUCGAAAUCUAAAAAGACUGGAAAGAAAAGUUUGUCGCCCGUGGAGGUGGUUAAACCGAUAACCCCAAAGAAGAAAGGUAAACAGCCAGUGAGUCAAAAGACGCCUGUUACUUCUCGGGCUAGUACUAGUGCCAAUGCGAGUGGUGAGCCGAGGAGCAGAGCUAAUAGUCAUGCUAGUAAGAGAAAAUCGUCUCUUACAGCCUCAGAAACUUCAGAUUCCUCCAGAAGCAGAAGCAAAAAACCAAAAGGCGAACACGAACCAGAAAAAGCGUCCGAAAAUGCGAUCUCGGGCAACGUUAUCGACAUUUCCGACUGCGAAGACGACGAUGAGACUGAACAAUCUUUCAGGGGAAACAACAUGAGCCAAGACUCUUUUAGGUUCGAUGAAAGUUACGAACAAGUAUCCAGUUCCACAGAAAACGAGAAGAAUGGCAACCGAGAAGCUGGUUUACACCAACUCGACCAGCCAUAUAGCGAUUCAGUUGAAAAGAUGAGAAGAACUUUAGAAGCGUUAACUGGUAAAGGAGAAAUUAUCAAAAGUGCUAUGGACCACAUGCAGUCUGAAAUUGAUAGGAUUAUCAAUGAUAAUAAUGACCAUUUGAAGAGGCUCUUUGAUUCGCAUAACGCACAAAUUUCGGAGACUAAAAAGAAACAAUGGUGUUAUAACUGUGAACAAGAUGCCAUUUACCAUUGCUGCUGGAACACCGCGUAUUGUUCACAAACUUGCCAGCAACAGCAUUGGCAGGCAGAGCAUAAAAAAGUCUGCAGGCGUAAAAGGCAAGCCUAAGAUUUGUUAUAGCUUUUAGAUUAAGUUUUUCGAUCUGUACCACUAUAUUUGCUGGGUAAAUUUAGCUAAUAAGAUGUAUGUUUAAGUAUCAAUAGUACCCAGAGAUGUACAUUUUUUUAAGUAUAUAGGUCAGCCCAGUUAUUUUAGGGGAUGUGUAUCUUUAUAGAAAUUUGCUUUGACGUAGGUCUCGUAUUAAAAAGCCGGAUGUGCCACCAGGAACCAUUCUGAUCUACAUAUUUUUAGGAAAUUUUUUAAAGUUGCUAUUGCAUAUAAGUUUAACUAUUUUCAAGAUACCCAACUCGUUAUUUUAUUACAGGACGUUUAGUGGCAAGUAAUGGUUUCUGGUGGGUAACUUAUGUGAAUAAUGAUUUAAUUUUUUUUUUAGUUUUUAAUCUAGAAUGGUCAUGAUGAACUUGAUAAUUUUAGGGCUUGUUGAAAAUAUUCAUUUUUUAUUGCACUUUCUUCUAUUAGUAUAGGAGUCAAAACAUUAUGUUGUGUUCAUUUCAAUUUUUUUUUAGACUUGGUACAUACUAGCAACAUAAAUGUAAUUAAACAUACAAACUAAUAAAAUAGAAGUAUUAAUUUUU